GCAUUGUGUCCCCCUGCCAGCCAGUUAGCUUCUCUUGUUGUCUGUUAACGAAACUGUACCGUCGAGGCAGAUUUUAAAAGUGAUCUCACAUUUGUUGGUAAAGAUCUGAGGACGGGUUCUACACAUUACCCGCCUAUUUUGGGCUUAUUAUCUUAAGCAAAUAAAUAAAGCGAGGCUGUCCGAGCAGCGUAGCUAGCCCGGUGCAGGCUAGUGAAUGCGUCUCUGUGGUAGCUCCAGGUUAGCUCGAUAGCUAGCUGAGCAGCGACAACACUCUUUUAAAAGCCAGGAGGAGGAAUGAACCAUAAGAGUAAGAAGAGGAUUAAAGAGGCGAAACGGAGCGCCAGACCCGAACUGAAAGACUCAUUAGACUGGACUAAACACGGUUAUCAUGAGACUUUCGACCUGUCGCACCUCACCGUAAAGGACAGCGUUGAGCGUGUGGACGCCCUCCGCGUCACCCCUGAAGAGUUCAUCCAGCGCUUCGAGCGGCCCUACAAGCCUGUCGUCCUGCUGAACUGCCAGGAGACCUGGCCCGCUCGGGAAAAAUGGACUCUGGAACGCCUCAAACGCAAAUACCGAAACCAGAAGUUCAAGUGCGGGGAGGACAACGACGGAUACUCCGUGAAGAUGAAGAUGAAGUACUACAUGGAGUACCUGGAGAGCACCAGGGACGACAGCCCGCUCUACAUCUUCGACAGCAGCUACGGGGAACACGCUAAGCGGCGAAAGCUGCUGGAGGACUACGAGGUGCCCGUCUUCUUCAGGGACGACCUGUUCCAGUUUGCAGGAGAGAAGCGCCGACCGCCGUACAGAUGGUUUGUAAUGGGUCCGGCCCGAUCCGGCACCGGCAUCCACAUCGACCCGCUGGGCACCAGCGCCUGGAACGCCCUGGUUCAAGGGCACAAGAGGUGGUGUCUGUUCCCCACCAACACGCCCCGCGAGCUGAUCAAGGUGACCAGAGAGGAGGGAGGAAACCAGCAGGACGAGGCAAUCACCUGGUUCAACGUGGUUUAUCCCCGAACACAGCAGCCGAACUGGCCUCCAGAGUUCACGCCACUGGAGAUCCUCCAAAAACCUGGGGAGACCGUUUUUGUGCCUGGCGGGUGGUGGCACGUGGUUCUCAACCUGGACACGACAAUCGCCGUCACUCAGAACUUUGCCAGCUCGACCAACUUCCCCAUCGUGUGGCACAAAACUGUCCGGGGACGACCCAAACUCUCCAGGAAGUGGUACCGUAUCUUGAAGCAGGAGAGGCCGGACCUGGCGGCGCUGGCAGACAAAGUGGACCUGCAGGAGUCGACGGGCAUCGCGUCGGACAGCUCCAGUGACUCUUCAUCGUCGUCGUCCUCCAGCUCGUCCGACUCUGAUGCGGAGUCGGGCUCCGAGGGCGACGCCAUGUCCCAUCGCAGGAAGAAGAGGCGGACCUGCGGCUCGACGGCCAACGGGGACACCAGCAGCCAGGACGACUGCGUCAGCAAAGAGAGGAGCUCGUCGCGGUGACCUCCCGCCUCCGUCCAGCCCCCGCCCACCUCCCGGCGGCGACUCCUUCACUCACCAACACUGAAACAGCUGCUUGUAGUCUAGUUUAGGUUGAAGCGAGUUGCAAGUUAAGGAGGAUCUGAUGGGGGUGCGUGGGCCAGCCGGAGACCUGCCACCACUGUGCUUUUCAACACCAAUCGAUACGUUUGUCUCUGUAGCUCCUGCAGUGGGAGGACAUGAAGGGGAGGACGAAGGGCGGCUCUGGGAACUUUAAAAAGCUGCUUUCUGAUGUGACCCUGCUGGGAAACGGCUCUUAAAGGUCGUUAGAAGAGGUGAAAGGUGUAGUUUAAGGUGUUUAAAAUGUGUUCCCAGAUCUGGACAGGAUAACCAGCUCUAGCGGCCACAUUUCUGUGCACUCGCAUAUAUAAAACUAACACUCGGGGCCUCUCGUUUCACAGCGGUGUCGCCUCUUAAAGGCGCGCUCGCACCAGAACAGCAAAAUUCAUGCACGUGUCCUCACAAAAUACUAAAGCUUUGCAGCGCAGUAACUCCUCACAGGGCGUGUUGGCCGGUUUUACACGUCCUGCUGUGAAACUAGAGGCUCCGUCUUUAGGAGUCCUGACCCUCGAAAUGAAAAGUCACCCCACAAGUCGGUUGUUUUCCCCUGAAAUAGUUGGAAGUGGCGUCGCCUCUUCUGCCUGCUUUGGUGAUUUAACUGUAACGUGUAAACGGGCCUUAAGGAAAUUAAACAGGUAAAGGCAGCGGCAUUUCAGACAGGCGUGUUACUGUUGCAGGAGGGACAAACUGCGUCCGUAGAGUUUGUGUUCUCAGGUGGAGGAGGAGGAAGUUUCAGCAGCGAGGUCGCCAACGUUUCUGCCAUUUUGAUGUCGUGCCUGCUUCGUGCCAUGUGCUGCAGCCGAGGCGCUGUAAGCUUCUAAAUGUGUUGUUUUUUUGUUUAGAGUAAAUGACAGUAGAGGGCACUACAUUGACCAGAAUGCACUGCUGCAGUUAUAUUAGCGUUUCUUCAGGUUCUGGUUGAAUAAACAGCUUUGUGUCGGAGGAGGAGGCAUCGAAUGGAGACUGCUGCUGGUUAAUAUCAUCAUUGAUUAAAACAAUAGAUGUUUUAGGAACUUUUAAAGCAAAUAUGGCAACAAAAAAAAAGUGUCUCAAGCUUUUUAAAUGUGGCUGUUUUUGUGGUUUUCUUAAUCUUCUGACAGUUAACUGAAUAUCUUUGUGUUUUGGACUUUUGGUCGAACAAAACAAGACGUUUGAAGACGACCUCUCGGGCUUUUGGGAACUUGUGACGGUCAUUUCUGUACAGCUUGCUGACGUUUUCAAGAUUGGUGAUUCCUAACUGCACUACCAGAAGUACCUGUACUCUUAUUCCCGGGAGGUAAUGUGGAGAGAGGAAACCUGAGAGAGCUGUAGCACCUGAACACCACCGGCUGAGAGCCACAGAGCAUGAAGUCGAGCUAUGACCUGAAGAGGAGGUUAAAUAAACAGCUGAAAAACUUAAGACACAAAACCUCAACACAGAGAGAAGAAUAUAUUUUAAUAAUUAUUAAAUGUUAAAAAACGUCCAGUUUAGAAUCAAUUCAGUAAAACUUAUUUGAAGCACCGUUACAAACAAACAAUCCAGAAAAUAAUUAAUAAUUAUGAUAAGUUGCAACCUUGCUGCCGAUUGUUCCAGAUGGCAUCAGAAAACCUUUUGCUCUGCAGACCGACCAACAGUCCAAAACCCCAAAAUAAUCAGUCGACUGAGAAUUAAAACGGAGGAAAACUCGUCACUUUGGAGAAGCUGGAACCAUCAAAAAUUUUGCUUAUUUUGCUUUAAGGAACAAACUUAAGUAAUGAAUCGUUGUUAAAAAGCUUUGUGCAGCUUCUCUCCAGACGAGUGUUGCUUUAGAUUAAAGUGCCUAUAAAGAAGAAACGUUUGUCGCAGGCCCGCGAGGUGCGUCGGUGUCACCGACUGCUUCUGUGUUUUUAUCCGUUGUGUAAAGUCGUGCGAAGGCGCUGCGCUGGUCUCUGAGGUCGGUCACGCGGUGCCUUUCGGUGACGGUCCGUCUCUGCUCCAAGGUUUUCCCUCCCCGCGUCACGAGCGCUGAUCUGGGAUGAGCUUUUAGGAUGGAGACGCGUGUGAUCAGUUUCACUUUGUUUGAUCAAUAAAAAUCUUUUCUAUGAAUCAAAA